CCGGUAGACGGCUAGCGCGCGCUCUUGAUGAUGUUUUCUCGGAUCAAUUAGAUUUGAGUGCCGUUCAAAAUCUUUGGAAUAAGCACCUUUGGCUAAGUGUUUUGAAAUAUAGCCUGUUUUACACUCUUUACUCAUCACAUAGGAAGACUGUUGCUUGCCAAAAUGUCCGGAUCUGCAAGUGCGAGGUUCUCAAUUGUUGAACUUCUUGGGGACAAACUAAAGAGCAAGGAUGAUGAAGAAAUUGCGACUGCAUCCAUAUGCGAAGAGGGGAAAUAUGUUGGCCUGUACUUCUCGGCGCAUUGGUGCCCGCCGUGCCAGGCCUUUACCCCCACGCUAGCAAAUUUCUACAAUACCUCUACUGUGCAGAAGGGGGAGAAAUUGUUAGAAAUUGUCUUCAUUAGUUCUGAUAAAAAUGAAGACCAAUUUGAUGAAUACUACAACAGGAUGCCAUGGCUUGCUCUACCUUACAACUUGCGAGAUAAAAAGAAUGAAGUGUCCAGGCGCUUCAAGGUGAGCGCUAUCCCGACGUUAAUCAUCUUGGACAGUGUUACGGGAGAGGUGACCUGUGUGGACGGUGUGGAUGAGGUCAAGUGUGACGGUGAGGGAAAGAAAUUCCCAUGGAAGUCCAGGCCAUUCCCAGAGAUUAUUACUGGAAGCUUCAUAAACCAGGAGAUGAAGACUGUCACUUCGGAGAGUUUGAAAGACAAAGUUCUAGGAAUUUACUUCUCUGCUCACUGGUGUCCUCCAUGCAGAGUGUUCACCAAAGAGUUGAAGUCCACCUACGAUAAGAUCAAGGAGUCAGGACAGUCCUUUGAGAUCAUCUUCGCCAGCCGAGACAGAGCAGAGGAUGCCUUUAAAAACUACUUUGGGGAAAUGCCCUGGCUAGGUUUCCCUUUUGGAGAUAAGCGUAUUGGCGAGCUGGCUAAGCUCUUUUCUGUCCAAGGCAUACCCAAACUGGCUAUCGUGGAUGCUCAGGGAAAGGUCAUCACGGCAGAUGCCAGAGGAUCUGUUACCAAGGAUCCAGAGGGCAAGGAGUUUCCAUGGUAUCCUAAGGCGUGCUGUGAGUUGGACGCUGUCUCUGCUGCUAUGGUCAAUGUGGAAUCUUGUCUCAUCCUCUUUACAGAGAUUGAAGAAGAUGAGGAGGGGGAGGAGUGUACAAGGAAGGCUAUGGAGAUGAUGAAACCCAUAGCAGAGGAAACAAAAGCUGCUGAGGAAGCAAAAGGCCAGGAACUCGCCUGCAAGUUCAUUGUAGCUGGUGACGAUGAGACGGUAGAGGGCCUACAGCAGUUCCUGAGCAUUGCCGAUGAGAGCCUGCCGAUGCUGGUGCUCCUGGACAUCCCCCGAGAGAGGGUCUCCUGCUGUGAGGGCAAGGAGAUCACUCCGGAUCUCAUCAGGGAAUACUACACCAAGUUUGUCAAGGACGAGCUGCAGUGGACAACCCUCUCCCCAUAAUCAAGGAGAGAGAACCCUGUUUCCAUCAUCGAGGAUAGAGAAGGAGAUACAAGACCAUAGAGGGACCGGUCGAUCAAAUCAAGGAGUUAUGGAUUUUUGUAGGAUCCUCAUGGUGUCACUUCAUACUGACUUUGGGUAUGCAACUUUGCAUGACCAAUAGGCCUUGUCCGUUAUUGUUCCAAAUAUUGAUCAAAUUGAUUGACCGUUAGAUCUGCCCGUAGAGUAUAAAAUACACUUGCUUACAUUAGAUUUUAUCACCUGACGAAGUGUUGCAGCGACGCACGAAACGUUGCGAUCUUUUAGAUCCCUUGUUGACCAUACAUUGCGAGACAAACGCAUAUAUCACCAGCGAUAUUAUUUUUGAUAUGCGUGAUCAUUGACCGUUGACAAUUUUGUACAAAAGCGGUAAUUUUUGGGGAGGGAUGUUCCCUUAUUUGAAAAUGAAUUUUAAAAAACAAUGUGUUUUAUAAAAGUGCAAGUUUUCACUUCUACUGUUCAUGUUUCAUGGUGUUUACAACAUGUGAAUGUGUGUGUACUCAUUUUUGCCAAAAAACCAUACUUUUUUGUGAAUGUAUACCGGUACUCAAUAAGCAAAAAAAUAGGGUUUUAUUUUACACCUGUUUUUACACAAAACAAGGCAUUUUUUGUGUGUUAAAAGUGCCAAAUAAGGGGUUUAUUUUUUACUUAGAU